ACGAAAAACAUGCGCUGUGUGGAUUUCUAUUUUCAGGGAAGCUAUUUAAACCUGAAUUCAAGAUCACUCCCUCAAAAGUGAAUGCAAUUCCUCUACAACGUUUUUCAGGUCACAUUUUUGGCAGUCAUGUUGAAAAUAAAUAUGCUUCUCUUGCUGGCUUGUCUUUUGCUAGCUGUAUGUUCUGCCAAAAGUCUAGGAGAAUCGGCACAAGAAUUCUAUCCUUCUGAUCUUGAUAUGGUGAAUGAUGAUGGUUCAGUGGAUGCGGCACUCCUUAACUACCUUUUUGCCCGCCAGAUGGUGAACCGUUUGAGAAAUAAUCUGGACACCGACGACCUCCAGAAAAAGCGGUCUUUUUGGAAGCAGUGUGCUUUUAACGCCGUCUCCUGCUUUGGCCGAAAGUAACACUCUUUGAUUAGAAAACAAAGCACUCUUUUUAAAAUUAAAUUGUGUAAACCUUUCAUUAGGUAUUAAGUUUUCAGCCUCUUUUUUAUUACAACUUUAAGGUUAUUAUUAGUUCAUUUAAACACUGUAGUCAUCCUAUUUGAGAAUACAAAGGCAAAAUAAAGAACUGGAAAUUA